UGCCCAAAGCCUCGUUUUCUUUUCACACGGGCUCCAGUGCAAAAGCCUAAGUGACUUGCACGGCCAAUCCUCACACCAAGCUGUGCUAAGAGAAACGAAUAUGUAGCGAAAUGCCACAUGCAUUUAUGUGUAUAAGGUGGUGACUGAAAUUUCAAUUGCCGAUUCCCGAAGGGUCGUACAGAAACGAGGAAUGGGGAAAAAGAUCAAAAGCCCCACGGAAUCCUCAUUAAAGAUAUAAAGCAAUAAGACUGGCGCAUUUCUCCCAACUUUUCCUCCACUGUACUCCUUCGCAUUCCCUCCUAUCAUCAACAAGUACACAGCUUCUCCAGCCUACAUCAAAUGCCUCCGACGAAAAGACCCGUGGCAAGACACGCAUGUCUGGCUUGCCGUGAAAAGAAAAUCAAAUGUGACGGCGAACAACCUCCGCAGCCAGGUGAGCUUUUCAGUGAGAUCAGAAGACAGAGGUGUACGCACUGUAAGAACUUGGGUAUCGAGUGUGUGUUUGUACGCUCACAACGUGGAGGAAGACGUAAGAAAGAUGCAAAUGGUGUUACUGGUGCGAUCAGUGCCAGUGAUAGCGGCAGCGUUUCGGAACCAUCAGGUACAGCCACCACGACAGCAGGCGGUCUGACUUCUCAACCACCACUACCACUACAACAGCAAGAUCAGCAGCAGAAUCAUUUCAUUGCGCCCGACAGAAGAACACUGGAUGAUGUCGUAAGAAUGGAUGCCGCAACACCGCCGGUGUUCAGUGGAAGAGAAACAGUUCCUGGCUACUCAACAGCAGGGUCGUCGUGGUUGCAAUCACCGUUGACAUCAUCAUCAAGAGCCAGACUAUCAACUGGUGAUGGCUCUCAGUACACCUUACAAGAGAAGGUACAGCAGCUGCAAAGAGAUGCUGCUGACUUGCAGUCACGGAUCAUGGAUAAGGCGGAGUCUCAAGGGUCAUCUGUCACUCCAUCGGAGAGCAGUUACUUCUCGAGAGAUGGGUACAGCCGAGCAAACUCGUGGACUGGUAGUAAUGCUCCACUGCCUCCGCCACCACGUCAAGCGGGAAGUGAUCGAGGCAAUUCGCACUCACAUCCGCCUCAUCAUCACCAGUACCCUCAUCCUCAUCGUUCCCACCGCCGUCAUGAUCAUGGUCCUCCACAUCCACCACCACCACCACCACCACCUCCUCUAGCAGGUGGAGCAUCACCACCGCCGCCACCGCCACCACCAAUGGGUCUUCAUCACCACCAUCCGCUGUUCUACCCACCACCUCCUCUACCUCCACCUCCUCUCCACGCGAUGCAUCCUCCUCCUCCUCCUCCACAUGGGUUCCCAGGUUGUCCGCCUGGCGGUCCAGGCUAUCCUGGUGGCCCUGGAGGUCCUCACGGCUUCAGAGGUCGUGGAGGACCUCGUGAUCCUCGUGGGCACAGUCCAAGACACGAGUAUGGUGAAGAGCGCACAACCAUUUCCAAGUUUGAUAUCAGCCUUCCAAAACUGUCACGUACAGUACCUUACAUCUCAUUUUCCGAUGAAGAGUUGGAGCAGUUUGACUUGCCAGAUUGGAGAACCACUUGCAUCUUGAUUGAUCUGUAUUACAGAUACAUUCAUCCUUCAAGGCCUUUCUUGCCUCCGAAGCAUAGAUUGGUUUACCAGAUCCAGAUUCGUCAAGAUGCAGCUCUAUUGCACGCCAUGUUCUCUUCGAGUUGUCGUUUUGCAUCUAGUAUUGUUGUUCCAAAUGCCAACCUUAGAGAUCCACAACAUUGGUAUUUCCUUGCGGAGAAAUACUGGGAUUUGAUGGAUCUGGAGAGCUCUUUACAGGCUUUGGUGUUGCUCAUGGGUGCGCUGGGACCAGGUGGAUACAUUCAGCAGUCUAUUGAAGGAUCUGAAAGAGUAUACUCGUUAUUGAAAGUUAAUAGCGUGCUGAACACGCACAAUAUCAAGGAUUGGAGAGAAUUUGCGAAUAUCAUCACCAAGCGAGAGGCUGUCAAACAUGAGGAUGUUCUGAGAACCAUCUGGUCGUCUUGGAAGUUGAACGUCUUUAUCAGAAUUAACAGAGGGGCACCAUUCAACAAACUGUCUCCAAACUUGUUGGAGUUCCCAUAUUCGAUGCCAAUGCCACUCAGCGAUGCCCAGUACAACUCUAACAUGUCGAUCUUUGAUACAAAUGACAACCAUGGAUUGUUAACCUUGAGAUAUAAAACAUGGCAAGAACUCGAAAGAGAAUUGAACAGUGCAGUGAUUUCUCCGGAUACCAAUAAUCUUUCUCGUAUUACGGAUUCCGAUUUGAACAUUGCCUCUAUCAAACUCAUUGAAGAGAUUAUGGAUUCCAUCUCUAACGGACGUCUUAGCCAGUUGAUGGUUUCUGAGUUCAAUGAGAAAUGCCAUGCGCUUGCACAGAUUACCAUGAAGAAUUUGUACCAGGUUUCACAUAUCAAGAAGAAGAUGAUUGUUGUGAACAUUUCAAACUUAUUCGCACUCUUGCUCUUAUACCUGGGUAAGAUCAUCAUCAACGUUACCCAAUGUGCUCCUCUUUUGCUUAUUAGACCUCAUGAGACGAAUUCCAAUAGUAACCCGGACGAUGUGUUCAACUCUCUCUACAAGAGUAAGCUGGAGGAUAUUCAACGCACGUGCCUUUCACUUACAAAUGAACAGUUGGAAGCUUUCAUCAACACAUACAAGGCAUCAUUGGAAGUUAUCAAUCUAAUUGAGCUUGGGCUGGGUAAAGUUCCAGAGUCCGAGUGUUCAAACACACCUGCACAAGUGAUUGGAGGUCCAGUUAACUUGACCCCAGCUGGAGAGAUUACUUCGCUGAAGACCAACGACAACUGGUGGGUAAAUGCUAUUCAGGAGCCUGGUAAAUCCAUGAGUGCACAGGUACAGUCUUACAACGAGUUUCCAGAUAUCUGGCUACAGUAUCCGAUUUUCUCCAUAGUUGUUGUUGCCAAUGCCCUUACUGUCUUAGCAUCUGCAGUGGUGUUGACGAAAGUGCUAUCAUUUCAGGAGAUUGAUUCGCAAGGACUGAGCCUUGGUGAGAAAAGAAUACAAUGGCUCGCUGGUGAAAACAAACACUCCGUCACGAUGAAGGUGAGCGAACAGGACUUCAACCUGCUAAAGAAGCGUUUCAACGCAUUCCAGAUCCAUGAGGAUAUAACACUCUGCUCAAAGUAUAUACAAGUACAUGGCCGUUUCUGGCCCUACGUUGAGAGCAUAUCAUACCAGGCAGAGGCAAUCAUGAAUUACAUUGACGAUAUCAUCAACAAGCCUUAAUAUGCUCACUAAUUGGCUAAUUCGAAUACACAUCACCCUUAU